AUGGGCAUCAAGGAGUUCAUCUGCAGAAAGACUGAAAAAACAAGUAUUGAGAGCAAACACGAAGUCACAAUCUUAGGAGGACUCAAUGAAUUUGUUGUGAAGUUUUAUGGACCACAAGGAACACCAUAUGAAGGUGGAGUUUGGAAAGUUAGAGUCGACCUUCCUGAUAAAUACCCUUUCAAAUCCCCAUCUAUAGGAUUCAUGAAUAAAAUUUUCCAUCCCAACAUUGACGAAGCGUCAGGAACUGUAUGUCUAGAUGUAAUCAAUCAGACUUGGACAGCUCUCUACGAUCUCACCAAUAUAUUUGAAUCGUUCCUGCCCCAGCUGCUGGCCUAUCCUAACCCCAUAGAUCCUCUAAAUGGCGACGCUGCAGCCAUGUACCUGCACCGACCAGAGGAGUACAAACAGAAAAUUAAAGAAUACAUUCAGAAAUAUGCAACAGAAGAAGCACUAAAAGAACAGGAAGAAGGCACCGGGGACAGCUCAUCCGAGAGCUCCAUGUCCGACUUCUCGGAAGACGAGGCUCAGGAUAUGGAGUUGUAGUAAAAGAGGCAACCUGCUUUUCAGAGAGAGACUCUUAAUUUCCUAACCACGAGAAGCAGACUAUAAUAUUCAUAUUUAAACAAAGCAAUUUUUUUUAUUACUAAACAAGGUUUUUAUGAAUAAUAGCAUUGAUAUAUAUAUAUAUAUCACCCUUUAGAUCUUGAUUUUCUUGGUCGUUUCUCGAGCCCGAGGUGCAUAGCAUAUCCCCACAUUCCAUUUUGGUAGCAAUAUUGCAGCCCGAAUGCAUGCAUUCAGAUUCCAUUUGGCCAAGUCAACUUGUGUGCUACUGAACUGUCAGCUCAAACAGCUGCCCUGGUAGGUAGGGAGUUAGCAAAGAGACAUUUGCUUUUCUUAUCCGUGUUUCCAAAGACACCACCUUGGAUGCUGACGUGGAACAGCCUUUUGCUCAGAGUGUAAAAUCUGGGGGAUGAGAAACUAAAGGUGUAGAUCAGACAGUGUGGAAUGAAAGGUGCUCCUUCAGGUCAACCUUGCUGGUCGUAUUUUACCUGGAGUCACAUUUAGAAGAAGUAAAUAAUAAAAAACAAAUGCAUGGAGCUAUUCAGAGCCUUGAAGCUUAAAAGUUCUGACUUGGAUUCUAAGUCCGUUUUUCUCUGUGGACUCCUUGCCUGCCCUUCUGAACUGUAGGGACUGACAACCACUGGUCUCUUUGCUUGUUGGGACUUUGGAAAGCCUUCAGCUGGAUGUUGUUCACUUCCUUGGUCUGGAUGGUGAGCUG